AUGAGUAGUAGUAAUUUCUUUAAUAAGGUUGUAUUUUAUAUUGUUGGUAUACCAUUGAUUGAACAGAAUAAGAUAAAGAAGGCAGUAAAGGAACAUGGUGGUACUAUUGCAUUGCAGGUUAACUCACAAGUUCAUUACUUGAUCACAUCACAUGAAGAGGUGGACAAACAACCUCCAUCAUACAAAUUGGGAACUGCAAGAAAGUUGGCCGCAGCCGGAUCACUUCGAAUCGUUUCAACAAACUUUAUAACAGACUGUGUACAAGCGGGUCGCUUGAUCACCGAUGCCAAGUACUUGCUACUGUUGCCAUCAUCGCCAAAGUCGCCAACAGAUUCGUCAAACAGCCGUUUCAACUUUAGUUCCCCUGCUGGAGACAAGGGCAACAGUGGCGCCACACGAACAUGUUACAACAUCCUCGAGCCAAUACUCGCCCAACGCGAGUCCCCACAACAUGGAGUGCGUCUGUUCAUUUCAUCUACGUUCUUGGACAUGCAGGAGGAGCGUGAACAGCUCGUCCACCAUCUGAUGCCCGAGCUGGCAGCAUUCUGUAGACAACGUGGCGUCGACUUCUCCUUUGUGGACUUGCGCUGGGGACUGUCCCGCGAGGAGUCACAGCGUCCAAACGCCAUCGCCACAUGUCUGAGCGAGGUCGCCAACUGCACUCACUUCCUCUCGCUGUUGGGCAACCGCUAUGGCUGGAACAGUGGCGAUGUCUACGAUCAGGCAAUCAAGGUGGCCGCACAGACGCGUCCUUGGCUCGAACAAUAUAACGGCAGAAGUGUCACUGAGUUGGAGAUACUUCAGGCUACAAAGUACUCGCCCAAUCAGAUGGCUAAACAACAUUUCUUCUACAUCAAGAACGACAAGGCUGCCUCAAUGAGUGAGGCAGACAAGCUCACAAGCACAGCAGAUGCGCAAGAGAAGCAGACCAAGUUACACAAGUUGAUAACAGACCAUGAGCUACUCAACUCAACAUACAAGGAGACUGAUAUUGGCUCGCUCGUUAAGUCCAUCUACAAAGACAUCACUCAAUCAAUCGAGAGAGAGUAUCCCAGGCCUGUAAAGUAUGACUUUGACAUUGAUAUCAAUCUGGCCUACGCCAAGCAGUUGACAAAGGUGUACUUGAACUGCAAUCAGGACUUGGUGUCUAAGAUGGACAGCUACUUUGACACUGAUAAUGGUCCAGAGGACAAUCAUCCUCUGCUCAUUACCGCUCCACAUGGUGGCGGUGCAUCAGCAUUGAUCUCUCACUGGCUCAGCGAGCUGUCAACACGUGCCCCACUCGACAACGUCAUGGCCUGUCUGGCAUUUGUAGGCCUCACUCCAAAGAGUAGACAGCCUGAAGAGUUGCUCAAGACUCUGUACAGCAUGAUCAAGAAGCACUACAAUGUCGCGGCCGUCAUCCCAGACGACCCUCAGCUACUCAUAGAGGAUCUAUGCUUCUGGCUAAAUGUAGCAAGCAAGGAUGGCAAACAAAUCGUGUGGAUAAUCGAUGGACUCGACAAGCUUGACUGGAAGAAGAAUAAUGACAAUGUGUACACGACCAUCUCCUCGCUUCUCCCCAAGAGACUGGGUCAUGGAGUCAAGAUCAUCCUGACAGUUGGAGACAGUAUGGCAACAGAGGUGACGCGAUGUCUUCAGCGCAUGUACCCUGGUGGGCUCCGCGCUCAGGCGCUCCAGACCCUGGCGGGCAGCGAUCUGCGUAUGAACUUUAGCAAGGUCUAUCUAGGUGCGGUGGGAAAGACAUUGGAGCAGUCACAGCUCACAAAGAUCGCAUUUAACUCGCACUGUCAGUCGCCACUCAUUCUCUCGAGCAUCCUCAAUGAGCUGAUCACAUCGGGCACUUUCGACACUUUGGACGACAAACUGAGCGCGAUGCUACAGUGCCCCACGCCUGUCGAUCUGUUUAAGGUGAUCGUGCUGCGAUGGCUGAGCGACAAGUCCUACCCCGAGGGACUGGUAGCCAACGUGCUCCAGCUACUCCUCCAUUCAGAGUAUGGCCUGUACGAGGAGGAGUUGUUGGCCAUCCUCAACAUCAAGACUGCACAUGGCUUCCUCUCGGCUGCACGUGCUGUGCUCACAAUGGAUGGAUCGAGCAACUAUCUCAACAUAUAUGCUUCAUCAUUACGCGAGGCGAUCAAAUCAGUGUUCAUUGAUGAUGCGUCAUCGACUGUUGCCCAGGCCAAUAGCAAGCGUCUACUUCAAUCACUGGUCGACUACUUUGUUAGCGCGGCGGCUUGCUCUGACAACGCGACCUCGACAACACUCAAACGUCGUGUUGCCAUUGUACCCCGCUACCUCACAGCUGUCGAUGACAUGAAGCAACUCAAGCAAUUCCUGUUGAACAUGGAGCACUUUAGACUGCUUGUCAUUGAGUAUGGCAAGGCUGGUCUACUCAAGUUGUUGCUACUGGUCGAGCCCGAUAAGAAGAAGAUCGUGGCACAGUAUCGUGACGCUCACACUGCCUAUGUCAACCGCAGUCCACCACUCGAGGAGCUGUCCGCUGCGACCAGGGAUCUUGGUAUCUUCUUUGAGUACCUCUCAUACUACGAUGAUGCGAUGAUCGUAAUGGACAUGUCAAAGGACCUCCACAUCCGACUCUACAGUGACCUGCACCGAUGCAUUGGUGAGGACUACGAGGCCAUGUCCUGCAUCUCCAACAAGCAGUCCAAGUUUGACGAUGCCCUAUACCUCGCCGAGAAGGCAUUAUCAAUUGCCGAGAGUGUAUACGGACCUGAUCAAUAUGGUACAUGCGAGUCACUCAAGCUGGUUGGCGUUGUGUUGAAGAAGCAGGCAAAGUAUGAUGAGGCACAGGAGACUUAUGAGAAGGCGACGGCAAUCAUACAUCGCUUCUUUGGGUACUCUGAUGCACAGAAUGUCUCACAGUACAGCCCUCAGCACUUUAACUCAAAGCUGGCAGACCUGUACAACAACCUUGGAGACAUCUAUCGUAAGAAGGCAGUAUUUGACAAGGCUGGCACAUACUAUCAGAAGACUUUGGUGAUCUUGGAGAACACGCGCAAUGACAAAGACUUGAGCUUUGCAGAGUUGUUUAAGAACUUGGGACUGGUCGAGAAGAAGCUUGGACAUUAUGCACGCGCCACCCAACAUUACCUCAAGGCAUUGGACAUUGUCAAGGUCACACUCGGCGAUGACCAUGCAAGCUAUGGACUCUACCUUUGCGACCUUGCCGACAACAAGCGCAAAGAAGACAAGUACAAAGAAGCCGAACAACUCUACGACCAGGCACUAUCAAUCCUCAAGGCAAAGUUAGGGAAGAAGCUUGGACAUUACAAGGAGGCCAUUGAAUAUUAUCAGAAGGCAUUGAACAUCGCUGACAAGGCCUUGGGUCCAACACAUCCAAAGGCUGGAUUCUUCACUCACAACAUUGGUGACUGCUAUAGGAAGCUUGGUGAUUACAAGCAGUCAGAGGUGUUGUUUGCCAAGUCAUUGUCAAUCUCGCAGAAUCACUUUGGAUUCGAUCAUCCAGAAGUGGCCGAGAUAUUGAACAGCAUUGGAUUGGUCUACAAGAAGCAGGCCAAGUACAUCCAAGCAGAGAAAGAGUACAAGCGUGCUAUAUCAAUCGUUUCAAAGGCAUUCGGUUCAGAUCAUCCAAAGUAUGGAAUGUACACAAACAACCUGGCUGAUGUAUACCGUAAGAUGGGCAAGUAUCCAAUGGCCAAGACAUGUUAUGCACGUGCACUUGGUGUGAUUGAGACAUCCCUUGGAGACCAGCACUCAGAGUACGCAGAGGUACUUUAUGGAAUGGGUCUGCUCAAUCUAAGCAUGGAGGACUACAACAAGUCGAUUGAAUUGAUCAACACCGCAAUCGACAUCACUACCAAGGAGCUGGGUGACAAGCAUCCAAAGAUUGGCAUCUAUCUCAACAGUCUUUGUGAGGCCAAGCUGGCACAGAAGAAGGCCAAUCAGACAACUGGUCAGUUCUCAAUCGAGCAGAUGCGUCAACAAUACGAGCGAGCACAUGAUAUUCUUGUUGAGGACUUGGGCGAGAUGCAUCCAGAGAUGGCAGACAUAUGGGUCAAUCGGGCCGAGUUGGAGUUCCAGCAUGGCAGUCAUCAGUUGGCCAAACAGUACUAUGAGUGUGCGCUUCAGAUCAUUGGCGAGGUGUAUGGCAAGGAGCAUGUCAAGUACGAGUCACUGCACACACGUAUCAAGUACUUCAUUGGUGAUGUCAUUGUUAACAAACCAGAGGAGGUCGAUCGUUUGAGCAAACAUUCAGAGCAAUCGAUCAACUUGGUCAUUGAUCAGACUGGAAAGUCACGUGAAGAGUCCAUCAAGGCAUUGGAUCAAUGUGGAGGUGACAUUGUCAAUGCCAUACUUCAACUAUGCGCCUAA